AUGGAAGAGAUGAGAUUGACUGCUUAUGAAUCUUCAAAGUUGUAUAAAGAAAAGGUUAAAAAGUAUAAUGACAAAACGUUGCUCAAGAAGGACUUUCAGCUAGGACAACAGGUGUUGCUUUUCAACUCAAGACUUAAAUUGUUCCCUGGAAAGCUUAAAUCAAAGUGGUAUGAACCAUUUACUAUCAAGAAAGUUCGACAAUAUGUAGCAGUGGAGCUUUGUGAUCCUCAAUCUAAAGAUCCUGACAGGACAUGGGUAGUGAACGGACAAAGGUUGAAACAAUACCAUGGUGGAGCUAUGGAAAGAUUGAACACUGUUCUUCGCUUGGAUCCUGGAUAA